CAGGAUUUGGUCAGUGCCCCCCUCCCCACCUGUGAACUUCUUGGUAAUAGUUGAGGCCCGUUACAACCCGUAACCAUGGACCUGAUGGGCAGAGACAGUAUCCUGCAGCUCAGGGACAUGCUGCAGGCGGCACAGCCACAGGACGACAGCAGUGAUGAAGAGCCAGCUUCUAGCCACCCAAUGGCUAAGAUGGGACCUGCAGACGUGGGACCAAAGAAAAAAGCUGAAAAAGCUCCACCCCCCACGGCACCCAAACCUGCCACCAAGGAUAUCUGGGAGGAGGAGGAGGUCACGACAGGUGCAGAGUACGAGGAUGUUCUGGACCCCAGGCCACAGCCAGAGUACGAUGUGGUUUUCAAACAGGCGGUGACGUCAGAAGACAUUUUCUUACAGAUGGGGAAUAAGAACUUAUCUUCAGCCAGUUGUGAAGACAUGGUGGUCAAAAUCAAACUUCCUGGUCACAAGUCCUCAGAGGUGGAGCUGGAUGUUACAGACAAGUUUCUGGACUGCAGAACACCAAAGUAUAAACUGGGUCUCCACCUGCCUCACCCUGUGGACAGUAAGAAUGGACGAGCUCAGUGGGUUCAGGACCAGGAGACGUUAGUUGUCACCUUACGCAUGGUGCGAGACUUGGACUUUGUCAACUUCUGAAUCUUCUCCAUCUUAAGAGCAUGUUGUUGUCUUUUGAUCAGUAAUCUUGUAUACAUACAUGUACAUUCAAUUCAGUCAAUGAAAGCAAUCUGGGUAUUAAAGGCGGGACCAAUGUUCAUCAAUCGUAUUUUAGGAAUCUAUGACAGAAGAGUGCUUUACAUGUGAUAUUGCAUAUUUUGUUACAACAGUUUUAUUACUAGAUGUAUAAUUUGUGAUCUAUGCAAUGAUAAAGUUACGAUAACUUCUCAACUAGGAUGUCUCUAUUUCAGUAAGUGCCUUGUCAGUGUUAGUGUGAAAGUAACAUUCUAAAUGUCUCCUUUUUCCAGGGCUAUUCUAUUCAAAACAAGUGGAGGGAAACUUUUGUAACUUUUAUGGAUAGAAAUGGACUGUUCCAGUGACAUAGUCAGAAAAAGUGUAAAUGUUGAAUUUGAAAAGUCCUAACUUGUGAUUAAAGUUUGAUGUUCUUGAGCCGAGAGUAGAAUACUGUAUUUGGGUUUUUUAAAAAAUGUUGAACUUUGUUUCAGUAUGUAUAAUACAGUUGUAGUAGUCGUUAAAGGUAUGGCUAUUAAGGUAUACUUUACAUUUCCAUCCCACUUAGGUGUAAAUUAAGAUUUAUGUGUCUCUCACCAGUCAGAUUAAACACUUGUUCUGGUUCAUGUUGGAAUUUGUGACUGAGUUUAUUUGUUAUCCAGUCCAAAUGUAGACAUAUUAUCUGACACAAAUAUUUGACAUGUCAGGUUUUGUCAUUUCUGUACAUAUCCGCUCACUGACACCUUGUGUGACUUGGCUUAUAGAAACUGGUGAUUAAAUUAUGAAGAAACUAAUUUGGUUACAGGGUAAUGUCUACAGGUCUCCGGCAUGUGUGGCCAUAACUCAGGAAUAUGUCUGAGAAUAUUGACUAACCAGUCAUUGUUGUUUAUUACCUUGACUGGAGUACAAUACAAUCAGAUAUUGUUAUCUCUGAGUGUCCUGAAGUUGAGAGAAAAUUGCUAAAUUGUAGCAACUGCUCUGUGAAUCAGGUAUUUAGUUUAAUCAAGUUCGAAUCGAUAUUCAAUUAAAUCUUUUGUA